AUGAGGGUGAUGAGACACCUCUCAAAAGAGGUUGAGACAGAGUUCAAUUAUGAGAUUAGUAAAGUGAAGCUUGGUUCUGGUAGUAGUGGUGUGGUGUUUCUCGCACGGCACCGCGUAACUCAUGAACUCGCCGCCGUGAAACGUCUUUACAUGCGUGGAGCCCCCGAGUGUAUGAAGAUCUCGCAGCAACAUAACAGCCAGUCUGAUAACACCAAUGACGCACAUAUUGGAGGAAACACUUUGGCACCAGCAUCACCCGCCAAGAGUAGUUCGCACAGGAUGCAGACAAGCGAUAAGAACAGUAACCCUGUUAGCGGCAACCGUUCAAAUGAGCUUUGUGAAGAAAAAAUUUUUUCUCACUACACAAGUAUGAAGCGUGAACGAGCACUUUCCGAAGACACUUCACCUCCUGCAGCCAUUUGUCCUCCGUGGUUACCGUGUGAAUACGCUAGCAUGAAGUAUCUUGGCCCCCAUCCGCAUAUCGUUCGGUUCCUGGGAAAUUGUGCGGAUGUAAACGGGGUUUCGUACUUUGCCAUGGAACUCAUGGAUAGUGAUCUCGGGAAGGAACUGCGUGCUGGAAACGCAAGUUUUAUGGAGGAGGAGGCCAUCAGACCACUGCUUUAUUGCGUAAGUUCUGCCAUUGUUCAUCUCCACGAGCGAGGCGUUGCACAUCGGGAUAUUAAACCAAGUAAUGUUCUUCUUAAGUUUGUUGGGGAUAUGUGUCCCACAGAGGAGGAGCACGGGAUGCCUAACGGAGGCGACAAGGCCUUUCCAUCGUCGGACGAGACAAAAGAUGUUGGUUCUCUCCGAACAAAACAUGUAAAAGCGUCGUUGGGUGACUUUAGUACAGCUCAUUUUGCAAGCCAAAGCGAGAGUGUCGGUGGAUUCUGCGGCACACUUUACUACAAGUCCCCGGAGCAGCUGCUUGGUCAGGCUAAAGACUUUCUCGCAUGCGACAUGUGGGCCCUCGGUUGCACAAUGUUUGAAAUGAUAACAGGAUCGGUUGCUUUCCGAGGAUCAAAUGAUUUGCAGGUUUUUCACCAGAUUUGCUCACAACUCGGUACGGACUUUCAGCAGUACCCGAAGAAUACACAUGAACAAACCAUGUUUGACGGAAUUUCUGGUGUGUCUACGGAGUUCAUUGACUUGCUUAAGGGACUUCUUGCACUAGAUCCGUGUGAACGCUUGAGAGCGGAGGAAGUUCUGAGGCAUCCUUUUUUUCGUUCCAUUCAUCAGGGAUGUGGAACCCAAGAAACCGCAGCGGAGUUGACUUUUCCUAUGAAAAUUUAUUGUGCAGUGCCUCCAGGGGUGGUUCGGUUGGCGAGAUUCAAACCUAUUAUUUGUGCACACACCACACGUUCUGGAACGACGAAAGUUAGUGGUUCUACGGAAACUAAAUUUGGUAUGAGUCAGUCGGAUAGUCAAGCUUCGAGAACUCUGCAUGGAAGCGAUGUGUGGCCGUCGCUUAUCAGCGGCAUGCCGAGCCCUCUCCAACGAUCCGCUUUGCAACCUUCCAGCGAUGGCAAUGAAGGUCCUCUCCGUCGUUUUACGUCAACCCUCAGCUGUGGGAAAAAAUAUUCAGUCACCCGGCGUCUCUCCGUUUCUUCGUCCGUUACUAUGAUGAGCAAUGGGGCUGUACAAAAACCGGAUGACUUUACAGGUAUUUCCGACAUCAGUGCAUCACUUGCGGCGUUGAAUUUUAGUCCAAUUCCUUCAGUCGCAAAGUGUUGUGGCGCUACUUCUGCGGAGCGAAGCUUCUCCCCUCUCGGCACACAUGUGUCAGCGCCAGGUUCAUGUCAUCCGGCGCCAAUUCCACUAAAAUCAUCGCAUAGUUUUGCUACAAAGAGCCGUCACCCAGAGCAUCAACACGACUCAACGUUUGCUAGUAAUGGCUAUCCGCCGCCACGGCGUGUGUUAUUUGACAGUGAUACCACUGAUGGUAAUGAUGUAGAUGAAAGCGUGAACUUAAUGCUUCACAACAGUGGAGACUCCCCAAAAGUUCGCAAGGUGCUGUUUGAGUGA